GCUUAAUGCUUUGAGAAGUGUCACUUGCAGCAAGGACACCCCGAGCUAUCAGUCACCCGCUGCAGGAGGCGGGAUUUCCUGGACGGAUCAGCACCACCGCUUCUAAAAGCACUUUAGGGAAACUAUUCAGCAGGAGACGUUGUCUCACAAGACCAAAGAGUUCCUCGGCAGUGUUAUCUUACGUUUAACAUCUUUUAUUAAAUGAGUAAUGCUGAUAUGGAUGCCGGUUUCGUCCGAUUUAAAAAUUAAGUGGACACCAAUCAAGACGAGAGCGCAUUGUGCUGGCAGCGGAAGGGGUAGCUUAAGAUAGUCAAUUUGGUUGGCGGUUGUGUGUUUUAAAAGAGGUGGCAUAGCCAUUACCGUUUCUCUUGUUGAAUGUCAACUGUCCGUCCGUUAUAUGUGUGGUAAUAAUAUGUCGGCACCGCUGCCCGCUAUCGUCCCAGCAGCCCGAAAGGCCAGUGCAGCGGUGAUUUUUCUUCAUGGCCUAGGUGACACCGGGCAUGGCUGGGCAGAAGCCUUUGCAGGUAUCAGGACCCCACAUGUGAAAUAUAUAUGUCCACACGCGCCCAUCAUGCCUGUGAGCCUCAACAUGAAUAUGCGCAUGCCUUCAUGGUUUGAUAUUGUAAGCUUGAGCCCAGAUGCAGCUGAAGAUGAGUCUGGUAUCAAACGAGCCGCAGAGAACAUCAAAGCAUUAAUAGAUCAAGAAGUGAAGAAUGGCAUCCCGUCCACCAGGAUCGUGCUUGGAGGAUUCUCUCAGGGAGGGGCACUGUCUCUCUACACUGCUCUUACCACAAAUCAGAAGCUUGGUGGUGUUUUGGCCCUUAGCUGCUGGAUGCCUCUUAGACACUCUUUUUCACAGGCUGCUGCUGAUACCUGCAAUAAGGAUGUGCCUGUACUUCAAUGCCAUGGGGAAGCAGACCCUCUGGUGCCACUGGUGUUUGGCCGCCUCACAGUCGAGAAACUCAAGACCCUCCUCAACCCUGCUAACAUCACUUUCAAGACCUACCCCGGGAUGCCCCACUCCUCCUGCCCCCAGGAAAUGGAUGAUAUCAAAGGAUUCAUAGAAACACACUUGCCUCCAAUUGACUAAGCUGGCAGCGUGUGAACAGUUGACAAGUGACGAACGGCUGCCCAACCUCAUUGAUAGCUGGUGACCCAAUCCAAAUCAGACUGAUUGAGCCUCAAACAGAACUGAACCCAAACAGGACUCUCAUCGCGCUGCUGACUCCAGAACCCACCUGACCGAGGGGACUGACCAAUGUGCUGCUAUAGGAAUUAUUCUGUCAGCUGGAUGAGUUGGGUGACCAUCCAGGUUCAGAGGUCAUGAAGAGGAUACGUAGACAAACCACUGUUGCCAUGACAGUCUUUAUGACAAGUGAUGUAUUGCAAAGACUGAGGAUGUAGCUGAUUUUAUGCUAAUUUACUGUAAAUAAAAGCCAUCUGCUUUA